AUGUUACCCUGCACCGUGGUCGCGGCCGUCUCCUUACUCGCUCUACCUCCCCCCGUGCCAUCCUCGCUUGCUACCUUGACCUCGCCCUUUGACGCCACCUCGGCCGUCCUCGACUCGAUCACCUCGCCGCUGCCCGACCUGGCCGUCGUCGACCUUGACAACGACGAUCUCUUCAUUAUUACCCGGACAGGCGCCGGUGGCUGGAAUGUCCCAGUUUCCAUCGACGCCUCCAACUUUGUCCCUCGGAUGAUCCUCGCCCAAGACGUCGAUCAUGAUGCUUCUCCCGAUCUUGUCGUUCCCUACGAAGGCUUUGAUGAAAUCGUCAUCUAUCGCAACAUCGGAUGGGAUGCCUCCUUCCCCGGCCCUCACAUCACCCUCGCUCUGGGCAGCGACGAUGAUCCGUGGGACGUGGCUGUGGGAGAUGUUAAUGAUGACGGCGAGCUUGAUGUCGUCGUCUCGCUGUACUACACCGACUUUAUCGGCGUCUUUCUCGGCUCGGGCUCUGCUGCUUUUCUUCCCUCCGUCGAGGAUCUCACUCUCGCCUUGCCACCCCACAUUGCUGCUGAGGGCCCGCGACAGGUGCUAGUGGCCGAUUUUGAUGGUGAUAGCAUCGACGACAUUCUCUACGCCACAGACUACCGCUAUCAAAUUGUCGUCCUUGUCGGGCGACCCGACCUUGUCGCUGCGCCCGCCACCGACGUUGCUGUCCUCGACGACAACGCCGCUGCCGUCAAGUACCUCGCCAUCGGCGAUCUGAACAAGGACGGCAACAUUGACGUCGUUGCCUCGCUCGACGACGACGAUGAGAUCGGCAUCUACUACAACUACGGCGACCUCGCUUUCUCCCACCGGACAGUAGUCGCCGCCGAACAGGACGAGCCGCGGAAGGUCAUUCUCGCCGACAUUUCCGGAGACUCGUGGCUCGACAUUGUAUACAUUGCAUUCCAGGACGACGUUGUUCGCUGGCUGCCGGCCGAUGCCGGCGGUGUCUUCCGCCUCCCGCCGCAGCUCGUCGCCGAGCUCAGUGACCCUGUCGCCCUCGCCGUCGACGACUUUGACGGCGAUGGCCGGGCCGAGUUCAUCACCUCGGCCGCCGACGCCGUCGUUCGCAAGUAUGCCUUUGACGACGACGCUCCGCCUUUCCUCUACGACACGACAACCGUCAUGACCGCCACCACCCAGGGCGUCACUGGCAUCGACCUCGCAGACAUGAACGGCGACGGCCAUGUUGACCUCGUCACCACCUCGCGCUGGGACACCACCGUCGCUCUCUGGUUUAACAAUGGCAGAGGCGAGUUUUUUGACGCUGUCGGCUCCUCUCGCCCUACCUCUCUCCUCAUCUCAACUUCGCUCACUCUCCCCAACGAUGUCGUCCUCGCCGAUUUCACAGGCGACGGCGUCCGCGACAUUGUUGUUGCAGAUGCAUCUGCCACCGGUGCGGUCUUUUGGUGGCCUAACGACGGGGAUGCCUACUUUCCCGACAAGCCGCUCGUCCUUGGCUCCUGCCCCUACGCCCACUCGAUCGUCUCUGCUGACUUUAACGUCGACGGUCUGGCUGACAUCGCCGUCGCCUGCAUAUUCAAUGCCAGUCUCUCUGUCGAGCUCUUCCUCUCGGCCGCGCCCUCCUCCGUCUGGUCACAGCACUCUGUCUACAGUGCGCCCGGCCCGCUCGCUCCUCCAGCCGACCCUGAGUUCCCGCCCACCCUCCUCUAUCUUGCUGCCGGUGACAUCGACGCCGACUCCCUCCCGGAUCUUGUCGUCUCUGACGCCUUCAACUCGGUCGUCGUGUCCCUACGCAACGCCGCCCCGGCCGCCGUUCUCGGUCCGCCGGUCGUUGUCGACACCAUGGCGGUCGGUACGCCCACCGCUGUCGCUGUCUGCGACGUCGACUCGGACGGUGCGCUCGACAUUGUCCUCGGCAUCGCCAACGGCGCAUCUUCGCGGCUCAUGCUUUACACUCAGUCCUCGCCCGGUUCGGCCGCUUUCCUUGGCCCGCCCACCGAUCUUGGCGGUGUGCUAGAUCCGCCCGAAGCGAUCGCCUGUGCCGAUGUCACCGCCGACGGGCGGCCUGAUGUUGUCGUUGCCGAGAUCGGCCACACGUCCGAGUCGGCGGUCGCGCCCUCGCUUUCGCUCUACCGCAAUGAGCAGCCCGGCUGGUCCGCCCAGAUCCCGGUUGCUAACUACAACAGCAACCACCCCGCCGUUCGCCUUGUUGACGUCACCAACGAUGGCCUCACCGAUAUCAUCGUUGCUGUCACCAGCUACGCCGAGGUCCGCGGCGCCAUCCAGCGCCGCCGGCUCGACACUGUCCCGGCCAGCGCUGCCCUCCCGACCUUUCUUGGAGGCAUUACUCCGCGGCUAACCGACAUCCACUACGCCCUCAGCACAGCCUCGCGCUGCGCUCCGCAGACCAUCGUCCUUCCGCCUGCGUACAACAUCUCUGGCUGCUCGCUCCUCAACCAUCUUGUUGUCCCAUCGGGCACCGAGUGGACAAUCGCUGGUCCACCCGGCGCCGCGUCGGCUGACCGGCCGACCCUCAGCUGCGGCGCAGCAGGUGGCGUCAUGUUCUCUGUUGCCGCUUCUGGCUCGCUCACCCUCGCAGACGUCAACAUCGAGAAGGCGACCGUGGCCUCGCAUCCCACGGCUGUCACCGGUCUCCGUGUCGCGGGCGAGGACGCCAUCCUCGCCCUCGUCAACGUCACUUUCCUAGCCGGUCACGGCGGCGCCAUCUCGGUCCUGGAUGGUGCCACACUCACUACCUCCCGCUGCGUCUUUGAGGGCAACACUGCUCUGGCCACGGGCGGUGCCAUCGCCCUUCUCGGCGACGCGCCUCUUGUCCAUCUCUCCGAUACUACUCUCGCUGCCAACACCGCUCUCGGAAGCGGCGGCGGUGCCAUUGCCAUCCUCUCCGUCGGCGGCCGACUUGAGCUCGACAAAGGCUGUGUUGUUGAGGCCAACAUCGCUGCUGCCGGAUCGGGCGGCGCUUUGCUCAUCACCCCGGCUGCGGCUGUGGUUACCGUUACCAUUGCCGACACCGCCCUGGCCUCCAACUCGGCAACCCUGGCCGGCGGCGCCAUCGCCGUCUACGCUGGCUCUGGCAUCAACGUGCGCCUCGCCGCCGGUGCUACCAUCUCGAGCAACUCUGCCCAUGCUGGUGGUGCCAUUGCAGCACUAGCGGCCUCGUACCGUCUCCCUUCUGCGCUGCGCUUUGCCUCGGCCACUCUACCGGUCGCUCCACCGUCGCCCGUGCCACUCACGCCGACCGUCUCUUUCUUCGCAGGCGCUAUGCUCGCCGCCAACUCGGCAACCUACGGCGGCAUGUUCUUUGUCUGUGGUGCGCGCAUCAAUGCCUCUGCCGCCGCUACUCCUCCCGCUGCCGCACCGGCUAUCGCUACGGCUGGCGGCUACAGUCACCCGAUCUCGGGCGUUGUGUUUGGUACCGGCUCGGUGUCUCCGCGCGACGCGCUCGGACAGGCCGUCGUCGAUUCCACGCUUGUCCUCGACCUCGCCGUCAGCGACACCUCGCUCACCAUCACCGGUGCCGAGAUCGGCAUUCCGUUUGCCGGCGGCUCGGGCCGCGCCGCUUUGGUCUUUGUGGCUCUCGUCGCGCCGGCGUCUGCCUUGCCUGCCCCUGGGCGGCUGUCGCUGACUCUCCGCGGCGCGGCCGAUGCGCCACUUGUGACCACCGCCGCCGACAUUGUCGUCGGCCUCUGUCCGCGCGGUUUUGGCGCUGACACCCAGGCCUCGCUCUCGGCUACGCUCCUUGUUUGCUCACCGUGCGACGAGGGCAGUUACUCGGACGAGCUCUCUGACGCGCCGUGCCGCGCCAUCCCGCCAUGCCCGGCCUUCUCGGCCCGCCCCGGCGCCAACAACGCCACCCAUCUUAUUCGCUGCGAGUGCGAGCCGGGCCGCUGGACGCCCGAGCCAGUCGUGACCCAGCCGUGCCUCGCGUGCCCGACGGGUGCCGAAUGCGACGGCGGCUAUGCCCCGCCGCUUGCCCUGCCGGGCUGGAAGCAGAUCAACCCAGCGCCAACCUUUGCACAGUGCCCAAUCGGCUCGGCCUGCCUUGGCGGCCGCGCCACCUCCCCCUGCCGCAACGGCUACGAGCCGGAUGGCUACCUCUGCCGGAUUUGUGCCCAGGACGCCUUCCGCUUCUCCGAUGGCUCGUGCCGCCCAUGCCCGAACUCGUCAGCCUCGCUCUUUGCCGUCUUUGUUCUCGGCCUUAUCCUCGUUGCCUUUGCUGGCGUCGGCGUCGUCAUUUUUACCACCCGCCGGGUCGGCCCGCGACGGGUCGACCGAGCCCGGCGUGCUCCGCCGCAGGCCGAGCGGCACAAGCUUGUCCCGCACGCACUCUCUGUUUCGCUUGUCUACGUCCAGAUCCUGGGUCUCCUCGCCGAUGCGCCUUUCAACUGGCCCGAGACCCCGGUGCGCAAGGCGCUCCGCGCCGCCAACGUGGCCAACGUCGACCUUGCAUUCUUCUCCACCGACUGCACCAUCACUGACUUUUCCACCCGGUACAUUGUCUCGCUCGCUGUCCCGCUCUUUUUCGCCGCCUCGAUGGCCGCCUUUGUCCUCCUCGCCAAGCUCGCUGCCCGAUCUGUCCCGCGCAUCGCCCGGACCCGGCUCGCCUCCAUCUCGGGCUGGACGCUUGCCGGUCGCGUGCUCUUCUCGUUUGGUCCGCUCCUCUACAUCCCAGUCUGCAAGACCACGCUCGUCUUCUUUGACUGUACCCGGCUGCCCGACGGCAACUACUACCUUGACGCUAACCUCGACGAGCAGUGUUUCGUGGGCACCUGGCUGCGGCUAGCGCCGCUGGCGGCGGUGGCGCUGGUAGUCUACGUCGUGGCGCUCCCGGCCUUUUUGCCAUUGUCCUCUGGCGCAAUCGCUACGCCCUCGUAUCACUGGUACGAGGUGGCCCAGCUGAUGAAGCGACUGAUGAUUGUCUCGGCCGCUCUCUUCUUCUCGCGAGUCGAAGUCUGGCUCUUCGGCGCCCUUCUCGCAAUCUUUCUCGCCUUUGGUGUCUUUCAGAUCAAGCACCAGCCGUUCUACUUUCCCGUCCACAACACCCUCGAGGAGCGGCUCAGCCUCGCCAUCAUCAUCCUCCUCACUUGCGGCAUCCUCUUCUGGGCCGACAACUUUCCCACCUCGACCUCGUACGCUGCCGUCGCCGUCGUCGCGGCUACCGCCAUAGGCCUGUCGCUCCUUGCGCUCCUUGCUGCCGCUCUCGAGGAGCUUGGCGCCGCCGUCAAGUUCCACCGCUCUGGCCGCCUUGUCGAGGACGCCGAGGCAGCCGACGCUGUCGAGCUCUGUAUUCGCGACGAGGCCUUCCUUGCCCUCGUCUCUCGCCAUGUCCUGGAUCUGGAGCACCCGGAGAUUGUCACGCCCAUCCACCACAUCCACGAGCGGUUCCUCGAGAUGGACUGA